GGAAUACCUGGUGAUGCCGUACAUCCCUGCUGCUUCUGCUCUUCUGGCUGGCUUCCCGCCGAUCAAGGGCGUGAGGUGGUUCAAUGUGUUCGUUUUGGUCACUACGCCGGCAGCCGCUUUCUAUGGACUUUGGUAUACUACUCUCCAUCCAUGGACGGUGGCCUUCGCGGCCGCGUACUACACAUUCUCGAUGCUAGGGAUCACCGCUGGGUAUCAUCGGCUAUGGUCGCAUAGAUCGUACAACGCCAGUAAAGCCUUGCAGUACUUCCUUCUCCUAGGCGGCACAAGUGCAGCCCAGGGCUCAGUGUGCUGGUGGGCGCGAAGCCAUCGCUCGCAUCAUCGCUACACGGAUACCGACCUUGACCCGUACAACUCGUCGCGCGGGCUCCUUUGGACUCAUAUUGGCUGGAUGGUCGUCAAAACCGACCUUCACGCUGGAAAGGUCGAGCUAUCGGACCUCGAGAAAGAUCCUGUCACGCAGUGGCAACACCGGCAUUAUUUUCUCAUCAUGCUCGUCUUCGGUUUUCUCUUUCCAACGCUUGUUCCCGCUUUGGUUUGGGGCGAUCUCGUUGGGGGCUUCUGCAUCGCUGCGUGUCUUCGGUUGACCGUUGCGCACCAUAGCACUUUCUGCAUCAACUCCAUAGCGCAUUACCUCGGCGAACAGCCUUACGAUGACCGCCUUUCGCCUAGAGAUCACCUACUCUCGGCCAUUCUCACUAUGGGCGAAGGCUAUCACAACUUCCACCACCAAUUCCCGAUGGACUACCGCAACGCAUUCCUCUGGUAUCAGUACGACCCUACUAAAUGGUUCAUCGCGCUCUGCGGUUGGCUAACGCUGGCCACCAAUCUGCGCGUCUUUCCGAGCAACGAGAUCGAGAAGGGUGCGCUAUCGAUGAAGCUCAAGUCCCUGAAGGAGGUCCAAGAUGCGCUGGAGUGGCCCGUCGCGCCGGAGAAACUGCCUAUCGUGAGCUGGGAGACUUUCAAGGAGCAAUCGCGUGAGCGCACGCUCGUUCUCGUUUCGGGUUUCAUACACGACGUGUCUGCCUUCGCUGGCAAUCAUCCCGGAGGCCCGCAGCUCCUCGCAAGUAACUCGGGUCAGGACAUGAGCUCGGCCUUCUUCGGCGGCGUAUAUGCCCAUUCCAAUGCUGCACAUAACUUGCUUGCGAUGAUGCGCGUCGGUAUACUUGCGGGAGGGAUGGAAGUGCUAGACUACGCUGUUUCGCCGGGAGAGAGGCUGCACAUUGUCUAUUGCGAUGCAUCCUCAUCAUCAUAAUGGAUACGCCUCUGUCCGUACGGCACCACCCUGGUCCACCCAUGAUAGGUACAGGGCGUCCGAGAUUUGCGGGACGUGUUAUCGAAUCAUGAGAUGAUCGUCCGGAGCCA